GCCCACCCUGGGCUAGCGAAAGCGUCUUCGUGGUUCUGUGCGGGCAGAGCUGGCAGCAGCAAACCCCACGGACGCUCACACCCCACCGGCUUCCUGAUUUGGGGGUUAUAACACCAGGAGUGCAGUGUGACAGCUCCUUCCCACCAGAGAACAGCAACACCAGCGUCCAGGCAAGAAGGUUCACCCUUCUCCAUUGUGCCCGGAGGCUGUGAAGAAGUCAGUUCGAUGGAAAAAAAUACAGCAGUGCUCUGAACAAGAGUCGUUUUGACCCCUGAGUGCUUUCGAGAUAUCUAGGAAACAGACAGUCUGCCUGUGUAAACUCACACCCUGAGGCCAAGAAACACCCACCUGAUGUGACCUGCUGUUGUCAAGCAGAUGGAGUUUCCAGUUUGUUCUGAACAGAUUAUAAAUAUGAAAAGGUGGUUAGUAAACCAGCUCUGUCAAGAAAACAGCACAAGAAGUUCUACUGCAGAAACAAGACUCCAAUACUGCAGAACCUGUUCAGUGCUUCAGAACAUGAGAGAAACCGAAAACCAGAUUGAAAAGAACUUCGUAGGAAUGCAAAUGAAAGAGAGAAUAGGAAGAGCCAGGGAAGGUUGGCCUGGCUUGGAACUGCAAGGUGAUGGAUCAAACUGGCACUUUAAGCUGUUGAAGAAAAAAAAGCAAACCAAGACAUAAUCAUGGCUGACAACAGUACCUUGGUGUCUGAAACUGGGAAGAGCCUCUUGGCUGAUUCUUCUGUCCUUGAAUCAAAAAUUACAGAAACCUCUAAAGAGAAUGCAUUUCCUGGAUCUGUUGUGCACAUUGAAGAAGAAAUGCCUCAAAUAGAAACCAGAGUGGUUUUGGUUCAGGAAGCAGGGAGACGUGAGGAGCUUCUGAAAGCCUUGGAGACCAUUAAGAUAAUGGAAGUACCAGUUUUAAAGAUAAAGGAAACUAGUCCUGAUAAAUCAGAAGAAAGACUAAUUAAAAGUAUAAUUCAUAUGGAAAUUAAAGUGCCCUACAUAAAGACAGACACGGUAGAAGAGCUUGGAGAUUUUGAUUCCCCAGAAUUUGAGAGUGUCUUUGUUGUGUCAGAAUUUCAAGAUUCUCCCUUUAACAACCUCUGCAAAGCAGCUUGCCGAGUCAUUGGACCUCCAGUAGUGCUGCACUGUGCACAAAAAGGAGAGCCUUUGCCUUUCUCUUGUCGUCCACUGUACUGUACAAGUAUGUUGAACUUGGUACUGUGCUUUACAGGAUUCAGAAAGAAAGAGGAGUUGGUGAAGCUGGUGACCCUGGUUCAUCAUAUGGGUGGAACUAUUCGAAAGGACUUUUGCUCAAAAGUUACAUACCUGGUGGCUAACUCAACACGUGGAGACAAAUUCAGAGUGGCUGUAAGCCUUGGUAAGCCUAUUGUGAAACCCGAGUGGAUUUAUAAAGCUUGGGAGAAAAGGAAUGAAACUGAUUUCUGUGCAGCUGAUGUUGACUUCAGAAAUCAGUUCAAAAUUCCUCCCUUCCAGGACUGCAUGUUAAGCUUCCUUGGAUUCUCUGAUGAUGAGAAGGCUAACAUGGAAGAAAUGACAGAAAUGCAAGGAGGACAAUAUUUACCAGUUGGUGAUGAAAGGUGUACGCACUUAGUGGUUGAAGAAAAUACAGUGAAAGAGCUUCCAUUUGAACCUUUAAAAAACCUCUAUGUUGUAAAGCAAGAGUGGUUCUGGGGAAGCAUUCAAAUGGAUGCCAGAGCUGGAGAGUCCAUGUAUUUAUUUGAGAAGUCAGACAGUCCUGGCCUCAAGAAGUCUGUGUCACUGCUUUCUCUGAAUACUCCAAACAGCAAUCGCAAAAGACGCCGCUUGAAGGAGACCCUUGCCCAGCUGACCAGAGAAACGGACAUGUCACCCUUUCCUCCCUGCAAACGUCCCUCGGCCGAGCACUCGCUUUCUAUCGGCUCCUUGCUGGAUAUCUCUAACACUCCAGAGUCAAGCACUGCCAAUGGAGAAACGCCAAAAUCCUGUGCAAGACCUUCCAAAAACUCAACUCCUCUUCCAGUAAAGCAGUCUGCAAGAUGGCAGGUUGCAAAGGAAUUGUAUCAGACAGAAAGUAACUAUGUUGAUAUUCUAACAACAAUCAUUCAGUUAUUUCAAGUUCCACUGGAGAAGGAAGGACAGCUUGGAGGCCCAAUCCUUGCACAGGAAGAGAUUAAGACCAUAUUUGGCAGCAUUCCAGAUAUUCUAGAUGUCCAUAUCAAAAUCAAGGAAGACUUGGAAGAUCUUAUGAUUAAUUGGACUGAAAGCAGAAGUAUUGGUGAUAUCAUUCUUAAAUAUUCAAAGGACUUGUUGAAAACAUAUCCUCCUUUUGUGAAUUUCUUCGAAAUGAGCAAGGAGACUAUUACUAGAUGUGAAAAGCAGAAGCCAAGGUUUCAUGCCUUCCUGAAGAUAAACCAAGCCAAACCUGAGUGUGGUCGCCAAAGCUUAGCUGAACUCCUUAUCCGUCCCGUUCAAAGGCUGCCUAGUGUUGCUCUACUACUAAAUGAUAUUAAGAAGCAUACAGCAGAAGAGAACCCAGAUAAAGUAACUCUGGAGAGAGCUAUUGAAUCGUUAAAGGAAGUGAUGACACACAUCAAUGAAGACAAAAGAAAAACAGAGGCACAAAGGCAAUUCUUUGAUGUUGUCUAUGAAGUUGAUGGAUGUCCAGCUAAUCUCUUGUCCUCUCAUCGAAGCUUAGUUCAGCGUUUGGAAACCGUAGCACUCAGUGAUGACCUUUGUGACAGGGGAGAACAGGUCACACUUUUUCUGUUCAGUGAUUGCCUGGAGAUUGCAAGGAAACGGCAUAAAGUUAUUGGUGUUUUCAAGAGUCCACAUGGCCACACAAGGCCUUCUCCAUCUCUCAAGCAUGUUGUUCUGAUGCCUCUCUCACAGAUCAAGAAAGUCCUAGACAUCAGGGAGACAGAAGAUUGCCAUAAAGCUUUUGCCUUAGUUGUGCGGCCUCCUACCGAACUCAACAACAAGCUGCUGAGUUUCCAGAUGACAACCGAGGAACUUCCCAAGGAAGAUUGGUUGAAGAUGUUGUGCCGGCAGGUGGCGAACACUAUUUGUAAAGCAGAUGCAGAAAAUCUGAUUUAUACUGCUGAUCCCGAUUCACUUGAAGUAAAUACUAAAGAUAUGGAUAGUACUUUAAGCAGAGCAUCCAGGGCAAUAAAGAAAACAUCCAAAAAGGUUACAAGAGCAUUUUCUUUCUCCAAAACACCAAAGACCGCUUUUGGAAGGGCUUUAACAUCUCACAGUGCAACAGAAGGAAGAAGUCCCAGCUUAGCUAAUGAGAGCUACAUAGGCAGCCGACUGACCAGUUCCUCGUCGUUAGCGGGGAUUUCUUCUCCUUCCUUGGUCAGCCUUCCCUCUGUCUUUGAAAAGAGGAGUCAUACGCUAAGUCGAUCAACAACCCACUUGAUAUGAAGCAGGAUUGAAAUACAGGGCUGUGUUUGUAGUGACUGACAGCAGCUGGCUGCUCAAGUGACCUGUUCCUGACAUUAAUGGUACCUUAGUCAUUAGCACUUAGCAAUGAUUAGCAAAACGUUAGAAAACACUAAGAUAAUCACAAGAGGUUUAAGUUGUAUUGACGCAGGAUCAGCUAAUCAGUGGAAUAAGUACGUUGGUCUUUACUUAAGAUGCAGUAUUCUCUUGCCCAGACUUGUUUUCUCACCAUCAUAAUGGAAGUAUUUUCUUCUGUGGGAAUUGUCCACUCUAGACAAGAAACCACUCUGUCAGAUUUUGAAAUGAAGAUGAUGUGCCCAUAACUUAGCGCUAGUUUGGGUGACUCUGAUGCUUGCCUAACCUCAUCAGCUGGCAGAGCACUCCGGUGUUUGAAUUGCUGAUUUGAGUGGAGAUGCAUUAUGAAGUACCUGACCUUUCAAGUGUGACAGUUAACCUGUUGUACAGCUGCUUAUUCCAGAUACUGUAUAAAUGUAGUUGUUUCUAAAAGAAACUAGAAUGCAGCUUCUGUGAUUAUGGUAGUCUGCAGCCUUGCUGUAACUCAACGCCACGGUGCCUGUCUUUAUCUGAACAGCAAGUUUUAAAGGCUGUGACUGGCUUUGGCAACCAAAAGCAAUCAACUGAAUUCUUUGAAUUUCUUUGGAGUGGAAGUUUGAGGAAAAGAAUUGUGCUUCCUUCUAGCAACCCCCCCCUCCCCAACCCCGAACUGCCACACACUUGGUUAAAGAAUAAUUAUUUAAUGUGUGGGAUUAUCGAUGUGGCGGCAUAACUUGAGGGCCCAGUUUUGGUGUGUCCAAGGUCAGGUCUAGGACUCCUCAAGCUUUUACCUGGCUUUCCCCAGUCUUGAUGUCUUCCUUCCAAAGUCUUUGCUCCCUUCUUCCAUCUCUGAGCAGUUAGCAUGAUGCAGUGCUGUCUCAGGAGCUAUCUUAAUAGGUAUAUUUCUGCAUUUCAUUAAUGGUUUCACUCUCUGUCUGCAUCAGCAGGAGUUCUCAACUUGGGCUUUCUUUUUAACCACCGGUGUCUUAUGUCUAUAUUUAACUAGUGAUGGUUCUGAAUGUGUCACUUUACUGCUUUUUAUAUCUCUCUUUGCCAAUCCAAUGUAAAUAAACUGUUUAAAAUUGCUCAUGGCUUUGCUAAA